UGUAGUUCAGGCGCCAGACUAUUCGCUGCUCCAUUUUGACUCCGUGCGACUUUCGACACAGGCUCAAGCAGCCAGACAUUGUCAAGUGUCAGCUCAUAGCUUGCGUGGCCGUCAAUUCGGAUAGAGCCUCAUGUCAGACCAGCCUCCACAGAAGAAGGGCCCUCUGGAGAAAGUCAAAGACAAGCUGUCCAAGGGCAAAUCCAACGGCGACGACAAUGGCGACUCUUCAGCUGCACCGCUUGUGCAAAACAACCUCUCUUUGGACCAGUCGCUUGGUCAAAAGUCACUGGAACAAUUGAUGAAGCAGCUGACAACUGGAGAUUUGCUGACGGGUAUGGCCCCGGGUGGAAAGAACAAGAAAGAUAUGGCUUCCUACAAAUUUUGGUCCACUCAACCAGUCGCCAAGUUUGAGGAAGUCAUCGAUGAAGAAGGAGCCAUUGAGGCGCCCUCGGAUGUGCCGGACGAGCCCACGCCUUUGUUGAAAGACUUUGAGUGGGUGACAAUGGACUUGGACGAUCCUGCCGAGCUGAAGGAAGUCUACGAGUUGCUCACGCAGAACUAUGUCGAAGAUGACGAUGCGUCCUUCAGGUUUGACUACUCGGCAUCUUUUCUACAAUGGGCACUACAAGCGCCUGGAUUCCACAAAUCAUUGCAUGUUGGUGUCCGUGUGCGUGCAUCGAAGCGCCUCGUUGGCUUCAUCUCUGGCAUACCCAUCACGCUGCGUGCACGCAACCACGACCUCAAGUCAUCUGAGAUAAACUUCCUCUGUGUGCACAAGAAGCUCCGCUCAAAGCGACUGGCACCUACGCUCAUCAAAGAAGUAACACGCCGUUGUCACCAGCUUGGAAUAUGGCAAGCAGUCUACACAGCCGGAGUUGUGCUUCCCAAACCAUUCUCUUCGUGCCGCUACUACCAUCGCUCGCUCGAUUGGGUCAAGCUGCAUGAUAUCGGUUUCUCUCAUCUGCCAGCGAGAAGUACCAAGGCGCGACAAAUCACAAAAUACAAGCUGCCAAUCAAUACAUCCAUCGCAGGACUGAGGCUCGUGACAAAGGCUGAUGUUCCCGCUGUCGGCAACCUUUUGCGUCAAACUCUGGCGCGAUACGAUGUGUCCCAGGUGUUUUCUGAUGAGGAGGUAGAACAUUGGUUCGUUGGGGACCCUAACUUGGGUCAGCAAGAUAAGGUUGUCUGGACCUAUGUCGUCGAGCAAGGUGGCAAGAUCACUGAAUUUGUUUCGUUCUACAGUCUGCCAUCUAGCGUAAUUGGUAAUGCGAAGCACAAGAAGGUGAACGCGGCUUACCUGUUCUACUACGGUUCCGAAUCUUACUACAGCGAUCGUUCAAACUACGAAACGCGGCUCAAGAAGCUCAUCAACGAUGCACUCAUUCUUGCCAACAAUAUUGGAUUUGAUGUCUUCAAUGCUCUGACGCUACUGGACAAUCCCAUGUUUCUUGAUGAGCUGAAGUUUGGCCCUGGUGACGGGUUCCUGAAUUACUACUUGUAUAAUUGGCGAAUGAAGCCUGUGGAAGGAGGUCUCAAGACUGAUGGGCGGUUAGAGGUUGGCGGAAGUCAGGUUGGCCUAGUCAUGCUUUAGCAACCUUCAUAUUGUCUUGUUAUGAUGUUGCUUGUUAUGAUGUUGCUCAGAAGGCUAUUUGAUUAUG